UCCGGGGAGACCAGAUAUAGUGAAUGCAGGGUCCGGGGAGACCAGAUAUAGUGAAUGCAGGGUCCGGAGAGACCAGAUAUAGUGAAUGCAGGGGUCUGGGGAGAGUGGAUAUAGUGAAUGCAGGGUCCGGGGAGACCGGAUAUAGUGAAUGCAGGGUCCGGGGAGACCAGAUAUAGUGAAUGCAGGGUCCGGGGAGACCAGAUAUAGUGAAUGCAGGGUCCUGGGAGACCAGAUAUAGUGAAUGCAGGGUCCGGGGAGACUAGAUAUAGUGAAUGCGGGGUCCUGGGAGACCAGAUAUAGUGAAUGCAGGGUCCUGGGGAGACCAGAUAUAGUGAAUGCAGGGUCUGGGGAGACCAGAUAUAGUGAAUGCAGGGUCCGGGGGAGACCAGAUAUAGUGAAUGCAGGGUCCGGGGAGACCAGAUAUAGUGAAUGCAGGGGUCCGGGGAGACCGGAUAUAGUGAAUGCAGGGUCCGGGGAGACCAGAUAUAGUGAAUGCAGGGUCCGGGGAGACCAGAUAUAGUGAAUGCAGGGUCCUGGGAGACCAGAUAUAGUGAAUGCAGGGUCCGGGGAGACUAGAUAUAGUGAAUGCGGGGUCCUGGGAGACCAGAUAUAGUGAAUGCAGGGUCCGGGAGACCAGAUAUAGUGAAUGCA